AUGGUCAUGAUACGAAUAAGGAGAGCCAUACAGCAGCAGGCGAAACUAGUCAGAUAUAAAGGCACUUUCAACUUUCCUAAGGUCUUAAAUGAAAUAGACCCUGAUGUGUAUGAACAAUUAGUUCCUCAUCAGGACGAUCAUAUAAUCAUCGCGAUGAGCUCUGGAGUCGACUCUUCAGUUGCAGCAUCGAUAUACGCAAAGAAAUUUCCUAAUGUUAGGGGAAUAUAUAUGGCUAACUGGUCACAGUCAUCUAAAUGUAUAGAAACAGACUGGAACGAUGUCAAAAGGAUAUGUAGUCAGUUGAACAUUCCAUGUGACAGAGUUAAUUUUGAAAAAGAGUAUUGGAACGAUGUCUUUGAACCAAUGAUCCUAGAUUACAAGCGAGGUUUAACACCAAAUCCGGACGUUGGGUGUAACAAAUAUGUCAAGUUUGGUAAAAUGAUAGAGCAUUUGACCACCAAGCUUGGUGAGAAGGACCAUAACAGGAAGUGGUGGCUCGUGACUGGCCAUUAUGCUAGAGUGAUGAAACACAGAGAGACUGGAGAAAUGCAACUCUUGCGAGGACUAUACCCCAACAAAGACCAAUCUUUCUACUUAUCUAUGCUCCCAAAGGAUGUCAUGUCUAGAGUAUUGAUGCCCAUUGGGCACAUGAUCAAGCCAGAGGUAAGAGAGAUUGCUAAAGCUGAAAAAUUGAUUACUGCUGAUAAACCUGAUUCACAAGGGUUGUGCUUUGUAUCACAGGAACUGCCUAAGUUUAGGACUUUCUUAGAUGAAUACAUUCCUCCAAACCCUGGUAAUAUAAUAACCGAAGAUGGGAAGAUCUGGGGCCAGCAUAAGGGACUAUGGCAUGCUACCAUCGGACAAAGGCUGGGUAUAUCAAUGCCACAGGGAGACCCUAGAUACAAAGGCGUUUGGUUUGUAAGCGAGAAAAGAGUAGACACCAAUGAAAUAGUGAUUGUCAAAUGUGGGUCGAAUGAUGCUUUGUUCCGAAGUAAACUUUUUAUAAGAAACUGGGAAUGGCUUACCGACAAAUUGGCGGAUUUGCAAGUAGGUAAUCUUUCCAUUCAAUAUAGGUCAUUACAAGAUUCCGCAAAUAAGGUGAAAUCCAUUAUAUUAGACGAACAGAGUGAUGUUUUUGAAAUCAAAUUAAUUGAAGAAGCAAGGGCUAUGGCGCCUGGGCAGAACUUAGUAUUGUACGAUGGUAACAGAGUACUUGGGGCAGGGAUAAUAGCUGAUACAGCAUAA